AUGCGUGACGCACAAUUGCAGUCCCCGACGUUACUGGGAGAGAGUCCUCCUACAAGUGGUGUCCGCCUUGUAGCAGACAGUCAUAAAAACUGUGAUUUGGGAUACGCCGCUUGCGCCACUGGCGCCACCACGUCGUGUGUGGGUGUUGGGGACGCAAGCGGACAGACAAGGGAAUACUUCUGCCCUGUAUUUGUUCCAUCGAAGUCACGACAUCACACUGGGCGCGGCACCAUCUCGCUCCUGAUACAAGACAAGGUGCCCUUCACGCUUGUUGUGCAGCCAGAGGAGCGCACUUUGUACGACGCGCUCGUGGAUCGGCUGGUGAAGAAGUGGUGGGGGGACGCGGGGGACGACGCGUCGCAGUGGCUGCCGCAACAUCCGGGGCCCCAGCAGGACUCAUGGCUUCCGUCGCAGGUGUUGGGCUCCGCGCCGCCCUGCACGCCCCCGCCCCGCCCCGGCCCCGCUGCCAACACUGCGUGA